UCCGCCCACUCCGUGUUAGGUCAGUUUCGUUUCUUCGAUAGUGAGACGUUCUUCUGUAAAUAAACCUCUAAAGAUGGGAGCUUCUAACGGCAAACCUCUGAAAUGUCCUCUGUGUCAUGAGGAUUGUCGGGAUCAGGUGACGCUGGGAUGCGGCCACAGCUUCUGUAAGGCUUGUAUCAGUGAGUUAUGGAGCGGAUCUAACACAGGACCUUAUUACUGUCCCGAGUGUAGGUACGAGUACCAGCAGCUGCCAGACUACACGGACGGAGCGUCAACAUCUACAGCCAGACCAAACACACAUUGGUCCUUUAGAAAGAAGCAUCAUGGCCGACACUCGAAGAAAUGGCAUGGGAAGAGGAAGUUCAGUUCGGCGUUCGAUGGCGGUGGAUGGAGACUGGGCACAGCACCAUUUAAUGACACCGUCCGUGGCUCUGAUGUAAUCAACAUCAAUGAGUCUGAUGAAGAAACAUCAGUACCACAGAAAAGAAGGGCCACAGCAGAUGAACACCCAUCUGAAAGCCAGUCUCCAUCAGUGGUUUGGGGGACGACCUCUACGAGUGACACAUCAACACAACGCAGUGAACAACACACACCUCCAGAAUCAGAGGAGAUCGAAUCUCCUCAUGCAGAAUCAUCUCCUGAGAGGAACACAAGUUCCUCUCAGCAAGACCAGCAUACUGUAGAUUCCUCCGGUGACACGGGCUCACCCAGGACAAGCAGAACACCUCAGGAAGAGAAAGCUCCCUCAAAAGAGCCACCAGCCACCUCUUCCAAAGCCAGUGACUUACCAGCAGUCAACGCCACCUCUCAAUCGCUUGGAAGACGGGAAAAAGUCAGUGCUUCUAACAGUGAAGAGUCCCUCGGGAUCUCCUCCGUAUCAUCAGAGAGACUUUCCAGGAGCAGCUCUGUGCCCUGCCAUUACUGUCCCAGUUCAGAACAGAAGGUGGCGGUAAAGACCUGUCUGGUUUGCGGGGCCUCCAUGUGCUCCGAGCACCUGCGGGCGCACCUGGAGAAGCCGGUGUUCCAGAACCACCCGCUUGUGAACGCUGUGGAGGAUGUGUCUCUCUGGAGAUGCCAAGAGCACCAGGAGAUGAACCGGAUCUACUGUCGAUCAUGUGCAGUGUGUGUUUGUACCGUGUGUUCCCUGGUUGGGUCGCACAAGGGGCACGAGUGCAUCAGCAUCCGCGAGGCCGAACAGGAGCUCAGAGGCUCACUAAAGGACGAGAUGCAAAAAAUACAAAAAACAGAAAAGUCCAUUCAGGAAAAACUCUCUGAGCUCAGUGAGAAAAAACGUGGUGUCCAGGUAAGUACAGGACUGGAGGACGCACGGGCGGCUGUUUUGCAGCAGUAUCAGGUCAUGCGGGAGGCUCUGGAGCAAGAGGAGGGGCAGGCUUUACGCUGUGUAGCCCAGGAAGAGCACAGAGUGCUGGGAAGCAUUGAAAAGCAGCUGGACGCAUUACAGGGCGCCUUGAUAUCUAGCCAGACCGUAUUAAACACCUUGCAGGGAAUGACCAAUGCUGAAGGGGCGUCACAGUACCAGGACCAGGCCUUCAUCAUGGAAUACGGCAAAAUAGCAGGACAACUGACUGCACUGCCUGACCCUGUGCAAAACCUCCAGCCUCCUCAGGAGAUAAACCAAGACCGACUGGACUGUCUUCAUGACUGGACCGAAAGGAGACUGGAGACUGUGCUCAUAACGCUGCCUCACCGAGACCCUUUCAGACUGCUGUAUGGGAUAAGCCCAACUCUGGAUCCUGAUACUGCCCAUCCAAAGCUGCUGCUGUCGGAAGAAAACCGGAUGGUGCAGUACAGCGAGACACAGCAGGACUACACCGAGCAGGAGACGCGCUUCAACAUUUUCCCCCAGGUUCUGGGCUCUCAUGCCAUAGACGGGGGCUGCUGCUACUGGGAAGUGGAGGUCUCUCUGGAUGAGGGCCGCUGGAAGGUGGGCGUCUGUGAUGGACAGAUUGGCAGAAAGGGGCAAAAGGACGCCUGCCGUAUUGGCUUCUACCCCAAUUCUUGGUGUCUAAUUUAUGAGAAGGGAAAGGUGGAAGCUCUACAUGAUAAGGUGGCUUCACCUGUGUGUGCCACUGAACUUUGUAAGGUCGGAGUGCUGCUGGAUUUUAAUGAAGGCCGCUUGUCUUUUUAUAGCGUGGCCAGGGAAGGAGCUCUUUCUUUGCUGUACAGUUUUGAGCAGAAGUUCACUGAGCCCUUGUAUCCGGCGCUGGCUGUUUCUAAAACUCAGCUCAGCGUCUGUGAUAUAUUUACAAAGACCACGGCAGACUAGACUGUUUGCGCUUUUAUGACACUUUUUAUUAUAUUAAAGGGAUAGUUCCACCAAAAAUGAAAAUUAUCCCAUGAUUUACUCACCCUCAAGCCAUUCUAGGUAUAUAUGAGGUGUAUCAUCUUUCAGACGAACACAAUCGGAGAUAUCCUGGCUCUUCCAAGCUUUAUAAUGGUAGUGAAUGGGGCUCAAGAUUUUGAAGCCCAAAAAAGUGCAUCCAUUCAUCAUAAAAGUAAUCCAUACGGCUCCAGGGGGUUAAUAAAAGCCUUCUGAAGCGAAGCAAUGGGUUCUUGUGAGAAAAAUAUCCAUAUUUAAAACUUUAUAAACUAUAAUAACUGACUUUAUUAACCUCCUGAAGCUGUGUGAAUUACUUUUAUGAUGGAUGGAUGCACUUUUUUGGACUUCAAAAUCUUGGUCCACAUUCACUACCAUUAUAAAGCUUGGAAGAGCCAGAAUAUUUUAAAUAUAACUCUGAUUGUGUUUGUCUGACAGAAGAUAGUCAUAUACACCUAGGAUGGCUAGUGGGUGGGUAAAUAAUGGGAUAAUUUUCAUUUUUGGGUGAACUAUCCCUUUAAGCAACACAAAUCACUUUUACAUUCCGCAAAACAUCAUUCCAAUAGUCAUGACUGCUGAACCUAAGAGUGCAAGAGGUCUUGAAAACAAUGGCCUAUUUUUUUCUGAAUGAUUAAUGAUGAUACACUGAUUUUUUAAUAUGGGAAUAUUUACAUAUCUGAGCCUUUUUAAACUCUAUUUCCAUUCCAAAUAUAUGCUUUAUAUAUAUACAUUUAUAUAUCAUCUGGAAUGGUCUAUUUUCAAAACAAUCUUGCACAGCAUUUUAACUUUUUUAAACCGUUUCUCAAUCUUUUUAUGUUUUUUAGGAUUAAUUUUAGAAUUUUAGAUAAAUAAUUUGUAUUUUUAUAUUAAGUAAAAUAUAAAUGUGCACUGUAUUUUCAUGUUCUUAAAUAAACUGAAGGCCAGGGGAAAUAUUUGUCAGUAAUCUGUUAAAGUUAAGCAUUUCAACCAAGAUAAAGUGAAACAUUCCAAAUGAAACUCGAUUUUCAGAGAGACUUUCUGAAGACUCUUUUUUUCAGUCUAGUUUUCAGUUUUUCAUCAAUGGAGCAUGUUUCCAUCCAUUAUCCAGGUUUUCUUUUGACAUAUUUUUUUGCCAGUAUCUCCAGCCAUUUUCUGAUGAUUUUGAAAUAAUUAUUAGCAUAUCUAUAUUGUUCCAUAGGUUCUGCCAAUGUUUCUGUUGGGAGUCUAAUCUUUCAGCGCUUGAUAUUCCAUUUCAACUCUAGGUGGCAGUAUUGUUCAAUAUCUAAUGAAUAGACAUAUUAGGAAACUGUACAGCAAAGCUUAUGGAAUUAAAUUCUGAUGUUUCUUAAAAAUUAUUCGAUUAUUUUCAAUGUUUUCUGCUUCACAGAUGUUUAACAGCACAAAUAUAUUUUUCGGUGUUCUGUCACAGACAGAUUUCUUGAUGAAGCCUGUAUUGUCACAAAAGGUUUUUGUAUCUUUUGUAAAUAAACCUUUUAUUUUCAUUUGUUCCACUGGUGGAAAGAGGAGGAGUCCAUCAGGGUCAAGACAAAGCGAGUCACCUGUUCUAAAAACUGCUCUUACAAUUCAAUUCAUUUCAGAUCAAUACAAAUUGUCCAGUUAAUAGAGAAAAAUAAUGAGAGAAGAAAACAUUACAGUAAUGUGGUGAUAAGAGUCUCUUUAAAAGUCAAUACCUGCCUGUAUUGACAGAUUCAAAUGGACUUCUGCCAUACUGAUAAAUUAUUCAUUUGUUUAUGAUGUACAUUUCAUAAUGAACAUUUAGUUCACUUUUAAAAUAACAGAAUAAAUUGGAUUUACUUAUGAAGUAAUCCAAUAUUAUAUAACUGAAUGUUUUUAUUUAGCUUAAAGUUAAUUAAAUCUAUUUUAGAAUCUAUUUUUUGCAUUGUGACUCUUUUUACUGAUGAUCUCCUCAAAUCUUCAUUACCAUAAUGUGUCUGGGCAUAUACCUUUUUAUUUUUUUAUUCUCAGUAAUUGUUAGUCUCCUGUUAUUCUCAUUAGAUUCCAUUACUGUAAGUACAAAAAAAAAAAAAAAAACAGUAUAAAAACACACACACACACACAUAUAUAUAUAUAUAUAUAAUUUGUGAGCUUCAACUUUUUACUUCUGCAUGAUUUCCUUUGAAGUUCCACCUAAUUUUUGGUAAAACAUCUCUACAGGCAAACUAGGUGCAGUGCCAUGGCAACAAACCUGUGCCCUAAGCCAGGCUCUAUCUCAACGGUACAGACAUUUGGUCAGGGGUCAUUUUGCUCCCAGCUGCCUGUGAAAACAGGUGCAGAGCCGCUCCGUCACUCUGCUGUAACUGGCAGAAUAAUCGGAGCUGCCUUACAGCUGCUCACCGUACUCUGACCGCUCACACAUCGACUCUCCCCCAGUGUGAAUUUACACAGUUCAAAACAGCUGAGACAUGAAGGGGACACUCAGUCCUACUGAGACAGAACUAAUUCACUGAAGAAAUUCAUCUGUCAUGUAUUUGUUCCUGAGGGCUGAGCGCACUCGAUGCUAGAUCUUAUUUUUGAUAUUCUAAUAUUCAGAAUUUGUUUUUCUGUUAUAGAUCACCUCUCUUUCAACGUGGUUGUAAUAAACAAGCAAAGCUGUCUUGGAUUACCUUAA